UUAACUUCCUAUUCUCUGUACAUGAAUCCAAACGGUGUCUAAAACAUGAGUGCGUCGAUAGACUUUGAAAACAUCAACGAUCUUGGGGGCAUGGUUAAACUAAUGCAGUCUCGAGGUAUUUCGCUAAUAGGGCUGCAGACAUUGGACCAGAUGAAACAGAGGGUGAAAAAGGCGCUCAGAAUAUCAGAGGAGGCCUUCUCAGUGUUAACAGAGACCAGGGAAGAAGUCAUGAGAAGACAAAGACACUUGCUAGAACUAUUCGAGAGCACAGACGCCUGUCUGAAUGAAUUGAGUGACAAGGACUACGCACUUCUGGAGUUGGGAGUCAAAAAUCUCGAAAACCAAAUGGCCCACCACAAACAGAGACUAGAGAGAACGCCAUACGUCGUGCUCGUUGCAGGUGAAAGAAAUUCCAAAAAGAGCACGUUGCUGAGUCUGAUUCUCGGGGAACAACUACUCCCUGACUCCUUUCUUGACACCUCUUCCAUCAUUUGCGAACUAAGAUAUGGAACAACCCACACGCUUGUAGCGCACUUUAAGGACGCAGAUCCCAAAACAGGGCUUCACUCAAAGACUAUUCAACCUGAAGAGAUGACUGAGAAUUCUCAACAAAACUUUCUUCAACAAAUCUCCUCGUUUUUCCUGAAUCAAGAUCGGCAGGGUUGUGAUAAGGUUGAGAUCUUUUGGCCGAACAAGCUGCUGAAGGAAAGAAUCGUUAUAGUUGACAGUCCAGCAUUUGGUAAAUCACCCUCCGUGGACGAGAGAGUAAAAGUGUACCUUUCUGAGGCUUUCGCAGUUAUCUGCGUCAUCAACAGUUUAGCACAGCAACAUGAUAUGGAAGAACCGAUCAAACAAAGCAGAAAAGUAUGUCUUGAUCAACAAAGUGAAACCUCGUCAAUUUUUCCUCUUUUCUUAUGUAACAACUGGAAUCAAGUAUCUCAAAAAGAGACUGACUCCAUCAAAUACUACUUCGUCAAGAAACUCAGAGAAUACUGGCCUGAAUUAGACCCAGACUCUCAAAUCAUUUGCAUUUCAUCGCCUUACACCGAAAGCGGUGAAAAAGCUCCCGAGGAGUUUGCGUUGCUGAUGGAUGGCAUUAAAUCCAGCGCCUUGCAAAGCAUUAAAGCAACGCUGAAAAGGCAGUGGAGAUGGCUUGACUUCGUCAUUUCACGCAUGAUUCUUCACAUGAAAAUGGUCAAGCAUCAUCUUUGCCCGUCCAAUGGUCGUAAAAUCGUCUCUGAUUUUCAUUCUAAACGCCUUUGUGACGUUGAGAAGCGGCUGUGCUCAGUAGAAUACGAGUUGCAAGAGCAUUUCAGAAGACUGGCAGACAACACCGUGAGGACGCUGUCCAAACACCUCCAGUCUUUUGAAGUUAUCGAGAAAUUCACCUCGUGGCCGCUUGAAGAUAUUCCAGAUACUGGAGAAAAUUGGCAAGUAACGGAACAUGGUAUCCAAAAUGCAUUUAAGAGGCGACUUGAGAACACGAUUGACGAGUGGGAAGCCAAGAACCACAUUUUAUCGUACACUUGUAGCUCUCUCGUCCAAUUCUGCAACCAGCGAUUUGAUGAAGGUAAGAGUCUACUUCCAUUCCGAUACCUAGGGAACUCCGUUAUCACGGAUGAUGCUGUUAGUGGAUUAAACAUUCGUCAUUCUUCGAACGACUUCGGCGCGACCCAAAAAGUUCUGAUCGGGGUUACAAGUCCAAUUCUGGUUCCAGUCAGCCUAGCAGUUUUGGUCCCAGUCUUUGGUGUGAUGAGACUUAAAAACAAAGUAACAAAUAAGAUUGAUUCUAGAAAAUACGAAAAAGAUAAACGUGGCUUCAUCGUGCAAGCCUCCCGUGAAUAUCUUUGUAAAGUGGCUAAAGAGGAAGAGCUAUGGUUAUUCGUGGAAGAGCACCUCAAAGAUGCUCGGGGAUACCUUAGACAGGUUUCAGUUCGUAUGCGCGAGCUCAUAGCCGCUGACAAAACGCUAUGUCAGCAGCUCAGAGUUGAGACUCGCUCAGAGGAGGAAAUUAAAGAACUCUAUGGGCUUUUACAAGAGAUGAGUGUGAGAAUAAAGGAAAAGUUGGCGCUUUUUUUCAUUAAUGAUGUACAGAACAUGGAAAUAAGUCGUAAUGACUUGAAGUGGGUAGAAGAUCAAACUUCACUUCUCGGAGAAGGAGCAUUCCGUUCAGUUUAUCGUGGAACAUUCGAGAUACCGGGAAAAAGAGAACCCCUACAGGUGGCUGUGAAAUUGUGGAAGGAAGAGCUAGACGAAUCCACCGCGAUUGGCUUCCUCUCUAAAACAGAAAUACUGAGGAAGCUUGACUUUCCCUUCAUUGUCAAGUUCUUUGGGACAUCACUGCUGAAUGAUGGCGAUCGAUUACGGGUGAUCCAUGUUAUGGAAAUUUGCGAGGAAAACUUGAUGAAUCACAUCUUUCAGAAUCCUGAAAAUAUACCUGUAUCGUCCGCUAUAUCUACCGCCAAGAAAAAUGUACUGUGCUGGGCGAAGGACAUAGCUGCAGCUCUAGAGUUCAUACACAACAAAGGUAUUGUUCACCGCGACCUGAAGCUGGAAAAAAUUCUGCUUUCACAAAGAAGUGUCGUUAAGGUCUCCGGUUUUCGCCUUUCUGAAGACACUAAGAUGAUCAUAGACACGUUGACCGGAACCGAUGCCUACCUGGCCCCGGUAAAGAUCCUUUACAAGGCCGACAUAUACAGCUUUGGUAUAAUGCUUUGGGAGAUGUGGUAUGGUAAGAGAGCUCCCCUUGAGGAAGAAGGACAUGUGUCGGACAAGAGACCUUCAUUUAUAGAAGGCGCGACGAAGCCUCCAACUGACUGGCAAGAUCUAAUGCUGCGUUGCUGGGAUGGAGAACCACACAACCGACCAGAUGCGGCAGGGUGUCACAAGGUGUUGACUGUCCUCUCCCAAGAAGUUUGCGCACCAUCUCUUUGAACUCUGGUUGUUAGGCAGCCAUAUUAGACGUAUUCUAUAUUUAAUGGUAGAACUACUGGGAAACAACAGCCAUUAAUAAUGAGAUAACAAACUCGUUCCGGCUGAUUGCUAUGGUAAAAAAAAAAAAGAGAAGUACAGGGAAACAUGCGUUAUGAUAGGAUACAAUACGUGGUAGACUGAAGUACCCACAAAAAAGUCUCUUAUCCAGCAGGCACAGACUUUUUAAACUUUUAUUUUAUUUUCAGUGAAAAUUUCAUUAGAAUCAUUCUCAACUUAUGCAUAUGUCAGUGGUGUUAAGUUUUUUUUUUUUUUUUUCUAUAUUACAUUCAUGAUUUUUCCGUUCUACCUUUUUUUUGCAGAAAGAAACUUCCUAUAGGAGUAAAAAAGAACUGAGGUUAAGAAUCGUGUCAACAUUUUGAAAUAUAAAGAAAUGAUAAGUAUUCAAAGGUACAAAUGGUGUGAGCAGAAAACCGCUCAGAGACCUAACAAGAUUUACAAAACUGAGACGUGCAAAUUUGCAUAUGAAAAUUGGACUCUCUGUAUUGGUAAAUGGAGCAUUUAGGACGAGCACUUUGAAUAAAGCCGUGAUCAAUUCAA